GAGGAGCUCUCUGCGCUGACUGAAGGCAAAAGGUUUGUGACAGCACAGCAUGGCAGCCUGGACUGUGGGGAUCCUCCCGAUAUGUGCCGUCCUCGCUGGACAAGGGUCAAAGGCUCAGGAUUGUGGACAGGCACGUCUGAACACAAGGAUAGUGGGUGGUGAGAAUGCUACUGCUGGAUCAUGGCCCUGGCAGGUCAGCAUGCACAUCACUUUCGCGAGCUUUCACAUCUGCGGGGGGACCCUGAUCAGUGACCAGUGGGUACUCACAGCAGCCCACUGCAUCACAAUAAGCUCACCUAGUGCAUGGAUUCUCUACUUUGGAAGAGAGACUCAGUCUGGCCUGAACAUUAAUGAGGUAAGCCGCACCGUGUCCCAGAUCAUCGUCCAUCCCGACUACAACAACACUUUGUUCAACAACGACAUUGCCCUUAUGAAGCUCCAACGCCCCGUCAUAUUCACCGACUACAUCAGACCCGUCUGUCUGGCAAGUAACUCCAGCCAGUUUCACACCUCCACCCCCUGCUGGGCCACUGGUUGGGGCAGACUUGGAAGGGAUGAGCCCUUAAUAGCCUUUGACUCACUGCAGGAGGUUCAGAUUCCCGUCAUUGGAGAAAAGCAGUGCAGCUGCAACUACCGCCCAGUAGCAGAUGCAAACAUCACUGAUGAAAUGAUUUGUGCGGGACAAGAGAACAAAGGAGCAUGCCAGGGGGACUCUGGUGGACCUUUGCAAUGCAAACAAGCCUCACAGUGGAUCCAGGGCGGCAUUACCAGUUUUGGAAUACCUUGUGCCCAGGCUGGUUUCCCUGAAGUCUAUGCCCGAGUAUCUCAGUUCCAGACUUGGAUCUUGGAUCAAGUGGCGGGGGCAAAAGUUAGCUUUGUGACAUUCAGCUCCAGUGGCACUGACGAAGACAACAGCUUUAUGUGCCGUGACUCAGUCUCUGAAAAUGGGACCACAGCAGCUCCAAAUACAACUUCCACAUCAGCUUCCACAGCAGCCUCAUCUGUUGGAACUGAGCUUACAUUUCUUGUCAUCUUAGUGGCAGUGUUCCUGUCGAACAUUGCAACACAAUAGCACAGUUUAACGCAAAAAACAUCUAGAUUUCUUCUGUUGUUGUGUUGAGUUGUUUGUCUUUUAACCAUUUUACAAAGAUUAUACUACUUUCUGAAAUCAUCUCUCAUUUUCAAAGAUAAUUAUAUAAAACCAUUCACCCUUCAUAUUAAAACAAAUAAUAAAACAUGGUCUGUUUUUCUCCAUCAGUCACAAUGGGAGGAAAUUAAAAGACUAAGAAUCUAAAAUUGAGAUCUGAAACUAAAGAAAAUGAAUGGAUUUAGUUAUUUUAGUCUGAAUUGGUACCAUUUCUGGGAAUAGUUUGAAGAUAUUCAAUACCGAUUUUGAUGCCUUGAGUUUUAUUCAGAUUCCACAACACAAUUUUUAAAAAGUACUUUGUGUGAAUGAUAACCUCAUAGCCUUAUCCAGCACCUCUGCAUUUGUGUAACUUGACGCACGUAGUCACGUGACUGUCACAAAUAGUUCACUGAUAAAAAGCACUAUUUACAUGUCUAGGGAUUAAACAAAAUAGGCCAAUUCGUUUUGAAAUGCUUUAUAAACAGGAAGUCUUAAAAAUCUUCAUUUGAGUAAAUAUUUUGCGAGUCAAAUUAAAUUGUUCAUGCUCGGAGCUUGUGCGCCGUCUGCGGAGGCUUGCGCUAUACGGUGCACAAGCGCGAGUAUAAACAAAGCUUAAAAUGUGACAGGAGCAAAACACUGCUUGGGGUUCAGAGGGAAAUAUUUAUCAGUUACUUCGCGAAGUCAUUUCUCGACAUCCACAUGCCACAAUAUUUAAAGCUAGUUGCUGACAAGCAAUAUAACAUUUAAAAGGAGUCCGGCGCAGUGCUAACAAAAAUCGGACUAGAUGGCGGCGACUCUGCACUGUGUUCAGACAGCCUCCCGCUGCAAAUUCAGACCGUGCCAAAGCCACUAAUGCUUUAGACUGGAUAUCACUAUUAUAUGCGACCACACUCCAACGUGGAGAAAUAACAGAAAUAAGACUAAUUUCAAUUAACAAAUAUUAACCUUUGAAAUAAUAAACAAAAGUAGGGCUACCGCUAUUAUUUCCACAUGCAACUUAAAACCUCUCAAGGUUCUUCGGAUAAAUCUCUAUUUGUCAUCCUUUUACCACCAUUUCCCACUUAAAAAAGCCCAGCUGAAAUAUUUAACUCUAAACCGGACAGUCGGCCAACACAUGCAAACUAAAUUGAACUAAACUGAGCUUAAUGUUUGCUUCGGGUGGGUCAACAUAAUCAUUGUCCUUAACAUAGCAAAAACAAAGAAAGUCCAACUCACAGUCCUGGAGAAACAGCUCGUUGUGCGAAAGAUGGAACCAGGCAGCAGCAGAGAUCAAAUCCUCCUCGGAACGCACACUAAACAGCUGUUUCCAGAGAAAUGCAACCAAUACAUCAAUUAAUCAGUUAGCCGCCGACAGCUGAGCAGUUAGCAUCAUUACUCCCGCUAGCUGCUAUUGUUAAGCAAUGUAGUUACUCACAGAAUUCUGGCUCAUGCAAACACACAAACAGCUAAUCAACCGAGAUUAAAAAGAGAAAAGUGCGAGUUGUUGUCUAAACUUACUGCUGCUGUUUCCCUUCUCUGUCUGCCUGGACUCCUUCCUUCUCUUGCGUCUCUCCCUCUUCCUGACCAAUUAGUACAGGUGACACUAACUAAUAUCUUAAUUAAGUAACCAAUCAAACGCAAUAGUAGAAACUAAAUUCACAAUCUGAGUUUUUGGAGUUUGUUGGCCCCAACUUUUUAUUUUAAAAUAUACCCAGCUAUUUACAUCCUCCCUUGUUUAUGUCAAUCUUAAUCUCCAGGGCACCAUUUACUUAUAUCUUUAUUUAACUAAAUUACUUUCCAUUUAAUUCCCUUACUGAUUUAUUUUCACCCAACUUUAUUAUUAACUUAUUUGUUUAAAUCCUAGACUGUAUAUAAGAAGUGGACCUAGUCAUGAUGUCACUCGUUGGGUUGUGGACUGCCGUUUUGAAGCAUCGAGUUCAGCAUUUUGGCCGUUGCCAUCUUGUUUUUUUGCAACCAGUGAACGGAAAUGACACAUUUGGACUGCGGAGGUGUGACGUAGAGACACCGUAUACGACUACCAGAGCCUUAUACGGUGAUCCCGAAAUGUAGGCUAUAAAAAAUAGACAUAUUACAUAUCUGUCGAUUCUUUAUUUUAAAAUGUUGCUGAUCUUGACCUACAGUAUCAGCUAUAACCACAAUGUGUAAAAAUAUGAUAUCAAAUAUUAAAAAUAAAAAUCUCUAAAGGAAAAUCCCCCUGCUUGCUUUUAACUGACUAACACAUGUGAAACUUUGCCUGUGAAAAUAAACAGGUUUUCCAGUCUACGUGCCGUAAAUCGUUUCAUCAGAUUUUGCGGGAAAUCAAACCUGUUGACAAGCGUUAAGAACAAUAAUUAUAGAAAUAGACAAUCUCAUCGAUGAUGGUCUUAUUUGCUUAUUUAGGUGAAAUAGAGGCAUCAACCAGUUAAAAACACCUUGUCGUAACUAGUAAAUAACGUUAAGUGUUAGAGGAGUGGAUGAACAAAGUGACAUAUAGCACAGCUUAACAUGCUUUUCUUGACAGAGAACGAAACUUUAAAAAAAUUAUUGCAGCACAAUAAUUUUAUUUACUUGUUUAGCUAAGCCACUCUGGUCAGGUAUUUUAUUUCAGUUUGGAAAAAAACUUUAAUGAGUAUUAUGAUUUUAAAGUUUAAAAAUAAUUGACAAAUUAUCAUAUUUUACUUGCUAAUGGUGGGCAACCUAACAGAAAAACUUACAUCAACACAUUUUGGAUAACCGCUAUCACUUCAGUUUUCAUGGUAGUUGUAAUGCUGUUUUAUUUUUAACAUAUUCAUGAGAAAAGAGUACCAAUUUAUUAUCGCUGGUUUUAUAAGUUUUUCUCUGUCACAGUCAUAUUAUCAGUAGUUAUUCGUCUCAUCACCCAGAUCAGAGGACUCAGUGUAUUUUACACACAAGCUGCAUUCAUGGUCCAA